UAAAAUGUGUUCUAAACUUAAGUAAAUUGUGAAAAUAUAAAUGAAAGCAAUAUGUAGUUGUGGGAAAGUGUUAAUGUACUGCCUUGUUAGAUUAUAAACAUUUAAAAGAACAAAUUGCGCCGUUAGUAAAUGUAAUUGUUGUCGAAAAAAGAAAGGCGUCUACUUUUACAGGCAGAAAAUACCUUUAAAUAUAUGUACAUACACACAAACACAAAAGCACAUUACAAAUGCAUGCAUGUAUGUGAAAAACCUGCUGGCGUUGGCUGUAAUUACAGUUACUUAGACAUUUAAAUAGCAGCACGGUCGGUUAAUUAAGGAGCAACAGCAAGGCGCGCACAAGUGGAAACGAGAACGGUAGCGACGCCUACGCUAAAGCAAUUGCAAAUUUGCAAUGGAAAACGAAUCUGUAAAGUCCGAACAGAGUGGACGCUCGCGACGUUCUCGCAGUCAUAAUAACAACAACGGCGGAGGUGGUGGAGGCGGUGUUGGUGGUGGUGGUGGUAGUGGUAGUAUAAACAACGGCUACCACAGAGAUCGUUCUCGACACUCACAUCGCAGUACGCAUUCCAAAUCCGGAAAAAGCCAACGCAGCGACAUGGCACCAUCACCAUAUCAAACCAGCGUGAAUAUGACAGGAGAUGAAAACCGCGAUGGACAGGAGGUAAUUGAAGUGCAAAUUUUGCCACAGGAUGAGAACUGGGGUGAGAAUACGACAGCUGUGACCGGCAACACUUCGGAGCAGAGCAUCUCCAUGGAGGAUAUUAACAAUAUGUGGCAUCGUGAGAACGAUAAAGGCUUUGGAUUUGCCUGUCGUCGCUAUGUGGAGUCUACAUUUUAUUUUCUGCUUGGCUGUGCCGCCUUCUUCUCGCCCGUGGCCAUGGUAGUUAUGCCGCAUAUAGGCUUCUUUCCAUCAGCCUUUGACCAUCCGGAACUGACGCAAACUGUACGCACACAGCUACUGGCGUGCAGCGAGCAAUGCAAGGGUCAACUAGUUUCGCUUGCAGCACGCUUGCUCCUGCUAGCCAUUGGCUUAUGGGCGCUUUAUAUGAGACGCACUGCAGCUACCAUGCCACGCAUCUUUCUGUAUCGCGCCAUUGUGCUGCUGUUGGUCACCAUCUGUACAUUUGCCUAUUGGUUGUUUUACAUUGUACAGGUAACGAAUGGAGCCAAGAUUGUUGUGGAAACUAACGGUGAUGCCGUAGACUAUAAAUCACUGGUGGGAUAUGCUACCAACUUUGUGGACACGUUGCUUUUUAUACACUAUGUAGCCGUAGUGCUUCUGGAGCUGCGUCAUCAGCAGCCUAACUACUAUGUGAAAAUCAUACGCUCACCAGACGGCGUCUCACGCUCCUAUAUGCUGGGACAGCUGAGCGUACAGCGUGCCGCAGUCUGGGUGCUGCAACACUACUACGUGGAUUUUCCAAUUUUUAAUCCAUAUCUUGAACGCAUACCUAUAUCCAUAUCCAAGUCGCAGCGCAACAAAAUUUCCAAUAGCUUCAAAUACUACGAAGUUGAUGGCGUCAACAAUUCGCAGCAUCAAAGCCAAAGCCGUGCUGUGCUAGCAGCCAAUGCAAGGCGACGUGACUCGAGUCACAAUGAACGUUUCUACGAGGAGCACGAAUAUGAGCGCCGCAUUAAGAAGCGACGUGCUAGACUAAUCACUGCUGCCGAGGAAGCCUUUACACAUAUCAAACGCAUACACAACGAACCCGUACCAGCUUUGCCAUUGGAUCCGCAGGAAGCUGCGCAGGCGGUGUUUCCAUCAAUGGCGCGUGCUUUGCAGAAAUAUUUGCGUGUCACCAGGCAACAGCCUAGACAUACCUUUGAGAGCAUACUAAAGCACUUGGCGCAUUGCCUAAAGCAUGAUCUGUCGCCACGCGCUUUUCUGGAGCCAUAUCUAACAGAAUCGCCGGUCAUGCAGAGCGAAAAGGAGCGUCGCUGGGUGCAGUCGUGGUCGCUCAUCUGCGAUGAUAUUGUAUCCAGGCCCAUAAGCAAUGAAUGCACCUUUCAGCUCAUACAAAACGAUGUCUCCUUGAUGGUCACCGUGCAAAAGUUGCCGCAUUUCAAUCUUGCUGAGGAGGUUGUGGAUCCCAAGAGCAACAAAUUUGUACUCAAGCUCAAUUCAGAGACAUCCGUAUGACAGCAGCCACAUCAACAUCAUCAUAAUCAUAACCCUAGAACACCGCCCAUGGUGACGCCCACGCACAGCAAUCAAACGCAAUCCUCGUACUUGCAUGUGUUUGUCUAAAAAAAGCUUCAACGUGUUUAUAAAUGCUUCAAAUUAUUAACAGUAUUUUGUAAACACGUUUAAACUUUGUUUAAACGCGUUUUAAAAUUUCCUUAGACUUUUAAGUUAAAUGUCUGUCUUUAGUUUAAGCAACUGACGCUCAAGUCCCAGUGUAUUUAGUCUAAGCCUAACGCACACAUAUCACACGUCCCAACAAGAACAACAACAACUGACUUACAAGUUCCCAAAGUAUUAAGCUUAAGUCUACGAAACAUAUACAUAUAUUUCCAAUGCAGCUUACAUUUUUGUAAAAGCCUUUUGUUUCUUUUCAAGAUUAAGUGUGCAGCAUUAUUAUUUUUAGCUAAAUAAAAUUAGUUAAGUAAGUUUUAAUGACUUGCCACUGGAGUGAGUAGCAAGCACUCUUGAGGCGACUCGACACAGACUUUUAUUAACUCAAAUAGUAACACUUGCCCCCAACUAACAGUUAUAGACAAAACGUAACUCGAAUGCAACUUGUGACAAAUACAUUAAACAUAAGAUAAAAGACUGCUAAAGAAUGCAUUUUAUAUACACAGCAAACGAAAUUGCCAACUUAACUAAACUAUAUACAAAAAAUAUAUAUUUAUAUUUUU